CCUUUAAAGAGUUAAAGUUACGAUAAAAAUAGUUAAACGUCUUGCAAUAAAAUUAACGUACAUUUGCCUUACUCCAAUUAAUUAAACUUUUAUCCAGCAGUUAAAAACAUAAUAAAAAAAAUUAGUAAAAAAAAAAAUAAAAAAUCCUAGAUUCCACAAACACCCGACAAAAUAGCUAAAAUUCGAUCAUCUCCAUCUUUCCCAAUUCCAUUCCAUUUCCCUGCGUUUACUCUCCGCACCUCUAUUCCAUUCCAUUUCAUUCCCACCAUUUUCGGGAUUCGAUUCUCUCUCCUCCAUUUUAUACAAACCAUUUUUUCCCGAAAAAAAAAAAAAAAAAAAAAACAGGUGAAGGAGGAGAGGGAAUGGCGGCUUCAGGCGCCGCAUCCGCGGUGGUGAUAACAGUGGCGCAAAAUGGUAGUGGAGAUUAUAGCACGGUGCAACAGGCUGUUGAUGCUGUCCCAUUUGGUAACACGCGUCGCACCAUCAUUCGUCUGUCACCUGGGGUUUACAGACAGCCUGUUUAUGUACCCAAGACUAAGAAUUUCAUCACUUUCGCGGGGUUGUCUCCUGAACAAACUGUUCUUUCUUGGAAUAAUACUGCUACUAAAAUUGAACAUCACCAGGCAUCAAGGUUGAUUGGAACAGGAACAUUUGGAUGUGGGAGUGUGAUUGUUGAAGGGGAGGAUUUUAUAGCUGAGAAUAUUACAUUUGAGAAUUCUGCACCUCAGGGAUCAGGACAAGCGGUGGCGCUUAGGGUGACUGCGGAUCGUUGUGCAUUUUACAAUUGCAGGUUCUUAGGGUGGCAGGAUACUUUGUAUUUGCAUCAUGGGAAGCAGUAUUUAAGAGACUGCUAUGUUGAAGGAAGUGUAGACUUUAUCUUUGGGAAUAGUACUGCUUUAUUGGAGCAUUGCCAUAUUCACUGCAAGUCAGAGGGUUUUAUAACUGCACAAAGCAGGAAGUCAUCGCUAGAGACCACUGGUUAUGUUUUUCUAAGAUGUGUGAUCACCGGCAAUGGGAAGGCAUCAUAUGCAUAUCUUGGGCGGCCAUGGGGACCUUUUGGAAGGGUGGUUUAUGCAUACACUUACAUGGACCAGUGUGUUAGGCAUGAGGGUUGGCAUAAUUGGGGAAAGUGUGAGAAUGAAAGAAGUGCUUGCUUUUAUGAGUACAGGUGUUUCGGACCGGGAUGUUGUCAAUCAAAGCGGAUUGGGUGGGCAAGAGAAUUGAUGGACGAUGAAGCAAUGCAAUUUCUUGUCCAUACUUACGUGGAUCCUGAUCCACAAAGGUCGUGGUUAGCCCAGAGAAUGGGCAUAAGAAUACCUUACUCUGCUUAAAGGCUCCUUAUUCGAAGUCUAUCUAUAAAGCUAUAUCAUUGAAGGUGUUUGUGUUAUCAGAUGAAUGUAUUUGGAGGCCCUUGUAAAUGAAUAUACUGGGAUUACUGGGUGGGGAAUUUUCAGGAAAUAGCUUCUGUAAAAGCAGCUGUAGAAGUUGCCCUGUAAUAUAAUGAUGAUCUGCAGUAGUAGUCAUCUGGAAUGCAAAUAAUGUGAACUGAAGUUUUACCCUUAUGAAAAAUAGCAAAUACAAGUAUAUAAAUUAAAACAAAAGUUAAUCCCUCUA